AUGGCAGGGACAUUUGGAAAGAUGGGAAGGGCAUUUGGAAAGAUGGGAGGGGCAUUUGGAAAGAUGGGAGGGGCAUUUGGAAAGAUGGGAGGGGCGUUGGGAAAGAUGGAAGGGGCAUUGGGAAAGAUGGGAGGGGCGUUGGGAAAGAUGGAAGGGGCAUUGGGAAAGAUGGGAGGGGCAUUUGGAAAGAUGGGAGGGGCAUUUGGAAAGAUGGGAGGGGCGUUGGGAAAGAUGGGGGGGACAUUGGGAAAGAUUGAGUGCAUUGGGAAAGAUGGGAGGGACAUUGGAAAAGAUGGGAGGGACACUGGGUAA